CCUAACCCCCAAAGCCUCCCCAAAACCCUAACUCUUCCUUGUUCCUCUCUCUCUCUCUCUCUCUCUCUCUCUCUCUCUCGCGCGCGCGCGCGCUUCCCUUGGCGCGUGGCAGAAGAUCGGGAGAAGGCUCUGCCCUUGAAGGGGAAGGCGGAAAUGGAGGACUCCGACGACCGGAAAAGGAAGAAACCGGAAGCUCUUGUAGAGGAUGGCCUCACCUCGCUGAAUCCGCCAAAGUUCGCUAAAUCUCAAGACGAAGCUGCCAUUUCAAAACUUGACAGCCGCGACUCCGAUGGUGGCGCCACCAAGCCGGAAUUAGUCCCUAAAGGCGAGGAAAACGGCUCUGUGGGAGAAGAAGCAAAGCAGGAGGAGCAAUUGAGUUCGCAUUCUGGUGGCGAAGGGCAAGGGGCGAAGAAGAAUGAGGCUUUGGAUCCGCAGGGGACAGGCUCGUCUGCUAACGGGAAGGACAAGGAGAUAGUGAAGGAUAAGGGAAAAGGGAAGAUUUUGGUCGAGAGCGAGACCGAGGACGAUGAGGAGGAUGGCGGAGUUGGUGGGGUGGAUGAAGACACAGACAGCGAUCUCUCGGAUGAUCCUUUAAUCGAGGUUGACCCUGCGAACAUCCUCCCUUCUUGGACCAGGCGACGGACAGCGCAUUCUGGCCCUUACCCGAUGUCCACCGUCGCUGGAGUUGAUGACGAUGAUGACGAAGACGAUGAUGAUAUUAGUGCUGAUGAAGACGACGUUAACGAUGACAAUGACGAGGACGACGAUGACGAUGAGGAUGAGGAUGAGGACGAUGAUUAGAUAGGUGAUCCUUUGUCGUUUUGUUUACUCACAUCUGUGGAAUUUCUUGUUGCAUUAAACGAUGAAUCAUCCUGAGAAAAUUCUAUCGUAGGAUUUCGGGCUUCAUGGUGAUAAAUUGCGUUGAACUGUGAAUUGUUUCUGCUAAUUAUGGGGAAUUUGUUCAGCGCAUCUGUGGGAGUUAUCAGCUUUAUCGUAGUUAACUAUGUAGUAAUGGGUCAUCAGUUGUAAAGUAUUUAUCAAUUGAAUGGAACUCUGUCUCUAACACA